AUAAGUAGUUAGAUUUCAUCAAAUAUUAAACAUAAAUUUAAUUAUAUUGAUUCAAUAAAAAAGAAACGGCAUUGAUUGGAACUUAAUUGAAUACAAACUGAUCUCUAAUUAAUACAUAGUAGAGCGUUCCUAACAUAGGGGCCUCUGAUUCUAACAUAGAAACGUACAUCUUCAAGCUGUAGUUUCCCUCAAAACUUUUUCGUUAUCUAUUAAUACUUGACUUCUGCAGAACAAUAAGCCUUGUGCUCACUCCCAAAUUCCUGCAUCUUUCUCUCUUGCCUAAUCUAUCUCCAUUCCCCCCAAUUGUACAAUUAUUACAUAAUGGUGGCAUCGGCCUCCUUCCGUCAACAGAUGUCGUUGGCCUUGAUAAUGGCAUUGGGGAUCAGCUUGUGGGUGCUCCACUCGAAGGUGGAAGCUGACGACAUCUGCAAAGGGAUAAGCAAACCGGACCCGGAAUCCUGCCCCAUUUACUGCCUCAUAAACGACCCGGUCUGCGGUGCCGAUGGCUACACCUAUUGGUGCGGCUGCGUCGAAGCCAUGUGUGCCGAGACUCAGGUCGUGCGAUCUGGACAGUGCUGAAAAAAAAAAACAAACCUCUGUUGAGAAUUGCAUCUGUUCCGUUCCGUGUGCAUGAUCAAUUUUUCAUGUAUUUAUUUAUUUAUUUAAUCUCUUGUAAACCCCCCUGACUUUUGAGUUCAAGUUUAGCCCCUAACCAAUUCAUGGUUUGGGUGAAACGAAUAAAUACAACAACUUCAACAUAAAAGAUUUUCAUUGAU